AUGAACGUAUCGCGGUUUUCGCGACCAGUGGCAGUCGUACCGCCCUACCGCAAGCAGCCGGCACAGCACGAGGAGGAUGACACUAGCGUACAGUCCGAGUCCAAGCGGAGGAAAGUCCGCAAAGGCACCCGGAGUUGUUGGGAAUGCAAACGGCGCAAGAUGAAAUGUGUCUUGAGCCCUUUGAACAGCGACGUUUGCAAUGCUUGUCGCCGACGUGGCUCCAAAUGUAUUGGCCAGGAAUUUCCCGAAGAUACUACCGAUGAUACUGCAAAGGCUCAUGACUUUCCUACACCGGCAACAACAAUCUCAGCAGAGGAUGCUACACCUAGAUCUGUCGGUGGCAUCUUCGCAUCAGAUCUCGCAGUCAACGCACUGGAGUCACGAAACAAGCAUGGACAGUUAUCCGAUACCUUGUAUGCGGCUUUGCCAUCUCAAAAGGAGAUCGAGAUAAUAUGCAACGCAAAUCGCCAUCCCUUCACGUUACCGCACGAGGUUCUGGUUCUGCCGUAUACUAUUCUCGAACAAACGGGCAUGGAGACUUCACGGAGCCUGGCCAUGGUGCCUAGACCGAAUGCUCAUCCAGUUAUAUUGGCAAGAUAUAUGCUUCGGCUGGCUAUAUACUUACUCCAUCUUCAGCCCAAUCUUGUGGGAGAACUAAAGGGCUUGAAAGAGACGCCGCGAGCACUGAGGACUCGGUUGGUAGACCUUGCACAUUUAGUCACAAAUGAUCACGGACUACUAGGCAACGCCGAAGGCCUCGAAUGUGUCAUGGUCCAGAGCAUGUAUGAGGCCAAUAUGGGGAGUUUACGACAAAGUUGGCUCACCAAUCGUCAUGCCAUGAGCAUUGCACAACUAAUGGGCAUCCAUCGACCGAAUAAUCGAACACAAGUAGAGGUCAUCGAUCCGAGCACGACCAAGUCAAACACACGCCACAUGUGGUGGCGAAUCCGAUUUCUAGACUGUCAUCUGAGCUUGAUGCUAGGACUUCCUCAAUCAGGUGGUUCAGAUGUCAAUAGUCUAACAUCCGACGCCUUGUUUUCCAACGAUACCCCCAUGGGUCGACUGGAGCGGAUGCACUGUGUCAUUGCCUCUAAAAUAUCAGAGCGAAAUGAGUCAACGUCUAAUAUUCCUGAUGUUGAAGUGACACGGGAAAUUGAUGUGGAGUUGCAGAAAACAGCCAGGAGUCUACCCAGCAAAUGGUGGUUGGCGCCAUCCAUGGAUGUGACGCCGGAAGACACUCUUCGCGAGACCCAGAGGCUCUUUUCUCAAGUACUUCACUACAAUCUUCUAAAUCAGCUUCAUCUACCUUACAUGCUCCGGUCUACCACCAACAGGAAUUACGAGUACUCCCGGAUCACGUGCGUCAACGCCUCACGAGAGUUACUUUCACGCUUCAUCAUAUUGCGCAGCUCCAAUCGAGCAGCCUACAGCUGCCGCAUUGUAGACUUUCUCGCGCUCAUGGCCGCCAUGACUUUAUUGUUGGCUCACAUGGAUGGCCACCGUUCAGGAGCCGACAACCUCUUGGCUCAUCAGUAUCUCAGCGACCGCGCCAUGAUUGAGCGCGCUCAGGAGAACAUGGAAAAGCUCAACCGCAUGAACUCGGACGCCCUGAGUGCCCAGAGCGCCGACCUCUUGCGGAGGAUGCUGGCCAUUGAGAUGCAGAUGCCGGGAGACGACCCGCCUGCCACUACUACUACUACGGCCCAGGUCAGCGUACAGCCUGGAGAGACUGUGGUUGCGGACCCUGCGGAUAAGAGUGAGGAGACGACCUCGGUGCGCGUUCAUAUUCCCUACUUUGGAAUCAUCAAGAUCGCCCGCCACGGCAUGAGCAAGGAACCCGCCAGACCUCUUAUUCCCGAGCAGCCGCAGGAUGCUGACGGCGCAGAGAAUACCAGUUCUGGACCACGACAUGCAACAGUAUAUCCACAGGAAGGAAGCUCUGACAACAUGAACAAUACUACUAGUGAUGAUCUGGAUGGUUCUGUACCCAGUCUUCUUACCCAUCGUUUGGACAGCUGCGUGGCGGACCACUUGAUGCCAUACGAACCGUAUCCUGGUCUGGCAGCCCCAGGCGAGGAUUGGGCAUUCCAAGGCGUCGACAUGGCCUUUUUUGAUAGCCUGAUGAGGAAUAUGGAGGAAGAUGGCGGGACGAAUGAGGGCCUGUGGACCAACCCAUAG